AUGUCUUCGGAAACCCCGAUAAAAAAUGUCACCCUCGUCGGUGCCUCCGGCAACCUGGGCCGCGUCCUUCUUUCCCACCUCCUCAAAACCAAUCUGCACAUCACCAUUCUCCAACGCGCCUCCUCCAAAUCCACCUACCCCUCCCAUCCCAACCUCACCAUCACCACCGUCCCUUCCUGGUCCGUCCCCGAAGUCACUCUAGCCCUCCGCGAUCAACACGCCGUAAUUGCCGCCUUCCCCCUCCGCGACCUCCCAGCCCAUCUCACCCUCGCCACAGCGGCCUGGGCCUCCGGCACAGUAACCCGUUUCAUCCCGGCCGACUACGGCAGCGUAGAUGCCCGAAGCAAAAGAGCGCAGGAUCUUGUACCCUUGUUCGGCAAGAAGGUGCAGGUUCGCGAGACACUGGAGAUGUUGAGCGAGGUCAGCGGAGGCCGUCUAAGCUGGACCAGUCUGGUCAACGGCCACUUUUUCGACUGGGGUCUGACCAACGGAUUCCUGCAUUUCUAUCCGUUCGAACAACCUCCGAGGGCGCAUAUCCUCGGCUCCGGGAACGAAAAGAGCUCCCAGGCGACGCUGGGGCAGGUGUCAAAGGCCGUGGUGAGUAUCUUGACGGGUGACGCUGGACAUCUCGAGAAGACGAGGAACAAAGUCCUCAUGUUGCAGUCGUUCCUCGUCUCUCAGAAUGAGGUUGUGCAUGUGCUGGAAAAGGUGACGGGCAACAAGUACGAAAGGCAGGGGGAGGGGGCAGGAGAGGCAAUUGAGGAUUUGGUCUUUGCGCUGGGGGUGGUGGAAGGGGAUUGGACGAACCAGCCGGAGUAUGCGAUGGGGCUGUUGGGCUUGGAGGAGGAGGAUUUGGAGGCGGUGGUCAGGAAGGCGCUGGAGGAGAGUGAGGAGGGGAGGAAGUUGUUGGCUGGGAGCGGAAACUACCUGUAG